GCAAGCUAUCGGGGGAAUUCAAAACUUCAAAAAGUGAACCUUUACUCAAUUAAAGGUCAUACUUUUUGUGGACUUAGUAGAAGACAGAAAUGUAGAAACCACAUGCAUUUUAAACCAACUAACAGUUGUCUAACUGUCUUAUUUUUUAUGCUAAAAGGGAAGCUAUUCUACAGAAGAAGCUGUGGGAACGUGUCUCCACGCAUGUCAUCGAGAACAUUUAUCUACCUGCUGCCCAAACAAUGGACUCUGGUACCUUUAACACCACUGUGGACAUAAAGCUCAAACAGUGGACUGACAAGCAGCUUCCACACAAAGCACUUGAGGUUGCCUGGGAGACCUUGCAGGAGGAAUUUGCCCGUUUCAUGGCUGAGUACAGAGGCAAAGACCAGGAUGACAUUUUUGACAAGUUGAAGGAGGCCGUGAAAGACGAGGGCAUCAAGAGGCAUAAAUGGAACGAAAGAGCCCUGGACAGCCUGAGGGUGAUCCAGCACAACGCUCUGGAAGACCGCUCCAUCACAGACAAGCCUCAGUGGGAUGCAGCCAUCCAGUUCAUGGAGGAAACUUUGCAGUCCCGCCUCAGAGACAGUACGUUUGCUGCAGCUCUUCUUCUGUUUGAAAGUCUUAUUUGUCAACUGUUUAAACAAGCAGUAUAUGGAAAAGUGGAAGUGACUGUUUUUACUACACAUACCUGGACCAGUUUGGCUCCAUUUGAAAUGAUAGCAGCAGUGAGGAAAAAUCUUGUAAAAAAAAUUACUCUCUCAGAUUUUAAACUGCAGCCACACAACUCUCCUAUCUGCAUGAAGUCUGUCAGAUUAUACUUAAAAGAAUUAUCAUUUAUUAAUGCUGCUUCCUAUUAAUAAUUCUCGUACUUC